AUAUAUUAAACCUACACUCGAGUAACAAACCCAAUACAUUGACCAAAACCCUUUUCAAAAUGGUUUCUUUUUCCUCCUUUUUUCCUUUUCUACCCCUCAUGAUCCUCACCAUUUCUUGCACUCAAAACCCUAAUUUACUUGCUAAUGGAGACACCAGUUUGAUCCAAAAAACCUGCCAAACUACCAAAUAUUACGACCUUUGCAUAUCAUCUCUCCAGUCCGAUUCAACGAGUCCACAAGCCGACACGAAAGGGCUCGCCAUCAUACUAGCCAAACUUGCACUGGCUAAUGCCACCAGCACCAACUCCUUCUUAUCAUCCAAUGUUUUUGUGAAGAACCCUAACGACACUGUAAUGAAAAAAGUGCUGAAGCAAUGUGAAGAUCGGUAUUCAGCUGCGCGUAUGUCGUUGCAAAACUCGAUCCAAGAUCUGGAGUCGGAACUGUAUGAUUAUGCAUAUAUGCAUGUGAUGGCGGCUUCGGAUUACGCAAAUUCGUGUCAUAAUGCAUUUAAGAGAAACCCUAAUCUGGUUUAUCCGCCCGAGAUUGGUCACAGAGAGAAGGGUUUGAAGCAGUUUUGUGAUGUGGUUAUGGAGAUCAUUGAUAGUAUCGAGUACUGACAUUAUCACUUUGGUUUGGUGUUUGUAUGAUUUGUUUUACUUGUAUGUGUUUUAGUCAAAUGGUAUUUUUGUUAAUGA